GUGUGUUGAAGUUUACCCAUAGUUCCAUGCGUUGUGGAAUUCAUUUUUGUGGAAUUAGAAGUCAAAAAUGGGUAUAGACAUAAAUCAUAAAUAUGACCGGAAAGUUGUCCGACGAGCACCUAAAAGUGAUGAUAUUUAUCUUCGGCUUCUCGUAAAACUGUAUCGUUUCCUUGCAAGAAGAACUGGAAAGAAAUUCAACAAGAUAGUUUUGAAGCGUAUGUUUAUGAGCAGAAUUAAUCGGCCUCCAUUAUCCUUAGCCAAGUUGGCAAAAAUGGUGAAGAAACCUGGAAAUGAAAAUAAAAUUGCUGUUGUUGUUGGCACAGUUACUGAUGAUUUGAGGUUAUAUGAAGUACCCAAGUUAACAUUAUGUGCAUUACGAGUUACAGAAAGAGCUAGAGCUCGAAUUUUGAAAGCUCGUGGAGAAAUUAUUACUUUUGAUCAGCUGGCCAUGCGUUCACCUCACGGGCAGAAUACACUUUUACUACAAGGCCGUAGAAAGGCAAGAGAAGCAUGCAGACAUUUUGGUAAAGCUCCUGGUGUUCCUCAUAGCCACACCAAGCCAUAUGUCAGAUCCAAGGGACGCAAGUUUGAAAGAGCCCGUGGCCGCAGGAAGAGUCGUGGCUUCAAAGUGUAAUUCCAUGUGAACGAUAAAAUAAAGAAUAUCGUGUAUUUAAAAAGA